AUGGGGAAGGCCAUACAGGACGGUGACACGAAAACUUCGCGCGAAGGGUCCCCUGGCAACGACGUAGAUGGAACCGGCGCUGCUGCUGCAGAUUAUCGGGACGCAAGAGGACAGUGCGGCAGAACAGUUGCGGGAAACAAUAUCGACGGUAGAGUGGACGGACGACUGGGAAGUCACGGAGGAAGAGCUGUGGGAGAGGACCAGAAGAAUGGCCUGCUGCGACGUAGCGCCGGGCCCGGACGGAAUUCCGGGCCGAAUCGGGCCCUCCGGCCACGACCAAAGUGUCAUCCGCGUGACACACCAUGGCUGUGCCUGAAAGUAGCGGGCAUCGAAUUCUUGUUUCCUCUCUGCUUUGUAAUAAACAUGAUGAAAUAUUUGCACGACAUCGCGGUUAUUUCCAUUUUUGGUAAUUUAUUACUCUUUAUUGCUGCCACGAUUGGCGCAGUAUACGCUUUGAAAGAUGGAAUUGGCGAAAAGUGGGUCAUGAUUGGCUUGGACAUGUAUUUGUAUCCGAAAUUCGUUGGGACGGUUUUCUUCAGUAUGAGUUCUCCUGGAAUAGUGCUAGCAAUACAACACGAUAUGCAAAAGCCAUGGAAUUACACGAAAUUCAGCGGAGUAUUAAACCACGCUAUGAUACACAUAACUCUUCUGCAUACUUUUAUCCGUGUUGUUGGUUACCUGAAAUGGAGCUGCGAUUCAGGAGGCAAUUUCAUUCGAAACCAUCCAGUAAACGAUCUGGGAACAAUAUCUGCAUUCGUGAUGCAGGGCCUAUCGAUAUAUUUCACAUAUGGAUUACAAUGCUAUAUGCCAAUUAUUAUCUUAUUGGAUGAGUAUAUUAUUCCAGCAUUUAAUAAAAAAUCAAUCUACGGAACUUCAUGUUGUUGGAAUCUGACAGUUCGUUUGGGCAUCAGCCUUAUUACGUGUUUGUUGGCAGCGAUAAUUCCUAAAUUGGAUUUAUUCAUCGCUGUGGUAGGAGCUGUUUGUUCAUCGACUUUAUCAACCAUUAUUCCAGUUACUCUGUAUACUGUACAUUACAACAAUUAUGGCAUGCUGAAAUGGAAAUUAAUUUUAGGCUUGUCUCUGUUGAUUGUUGCAUCCUUUAUCACAUUGUGUGCCAUCAUAGUUAAUAUAAUUUUGAUUGCCGAAUAUUUCAGAAGCAGCAAGUUUAAGUUCCAAAUGGCAAAAGCAAAGGAUCUUCAAUUAAAAAUUACUAAAAUUGGUGAAAAUUGGGCUACUAAUAAACACCAAAACAAUAUCAAUACAGCAACUAUGGCAAAUUUAGUGAAAGUUAACAAACCGUUAGAUAGCGAUCGGAAACACGUUAGAAAUAAAAGCGGCUUCCUUAAUAAUCUGUCAGUGGACAUUAUAGAUAUAGGUGGCGAUAAAUGA